AUGCCGCUCUGCCAGCUGCAGGUUCUAGUAACAUGCUUCCACCUUUGGAUUCGUGCCGCCGUUUUACAGACGGCUGCCGAUGACUGCCCUGUGCCUGUCCAAGUACUCGUGAAAGAUUCCGCAAGCACACACAGACUGCGUUUUGGUGCUUCUGGGCCGGAUCAAGACUCGACAUGCGAAGUCUCCUGGAUUUCACACGAGCUCUUUAGUCUGGACCGAGAAGCUGGCACAGAGGGUGUCCGCACAGAGGCACUGGAUUCGGAAAUUCUUUCACAGGACUUCGUUUUGACAGACGCGCUGAAGCGGGUCCCUUUUGCUGGACGGAGGGGUCGCCUGGCCUUUCUCGAGAGAAUUCUACCGAUGCCCCGCCUGGAUAACGAACAGCUCGAUUCCAUUCUGGCUGGCAAAGAACUUCUGAUAUCAGUGAUGUUGCCACGUAAGAAUUCAAAAGCAUGGUCUGAUAUGCAAACUCGCACAAUUGCUCAGCAGGCGGCGGCGGUUUUACCGGACCACACUUUUCUUGAUGAUGGAAUGGCAGUGACUUACGAGCAGGCUUUUGUACCAUACCGCUUUUCUUUGAUCGUCGACGACGACAACGAAACGGUGUCACAGGCAUUUGUUCAUUGCAUUGGCUGGGGGACCAUACCAUUGUUCAAUGGCUUUUCGCACAUGGUUGCGAUGCUGCCGCGCAUUGUCGUGCCGUGGGACCCGAUCUCUUUCCGCAUGGAGGCGUUGCUUUCUUUCCUGCCCGGGAUCAACUACGACAUAGCUUCGCUUUGGCAGCAGCAUCGUCUGGUCCAGGACCAGCUGCUUUACAGGUACAGCCGUGGGUUCAACGAUUCGUUGAAAGCAGCCGCCUGCCAUCUGUGUGCCUACCAGCAGACCAGUCGAGAGGAUGACGCGAAAUCCCUUGAUGAUGACGGGCUCCUGCCUUUGAUGUUCGUUGGAGUGUACUCGGCACAAGAUAACUCUCGGAAGCGAGAUGCCAUCCGGAAAACUUGGGCACAGGCAGUGCGCACGCAGGGUUUUGAUCUCAAGUUCUUCUUGGGAAGGCCGAGGCUGAGUCCACGCCUUGUACCUUUGCAGGAAGAAAUGGCAAAGCACAGGGACGUGAUUCUGCUUGAUGUUGAAGAAGGAUAUAAGUGGAACUCGGUGAAAGGAUUGAUGUUUUUGGAGUGGUGUGCCCAGAAUGUGUUGGCUCGCUUCAUUGUCAAAGCCGAUGAUGACAUCUACCUUCGUCCAGACCCUCUGCUAUUCUUGCUGCAGAGUCGGCCUUCGUAUGGAUACAUUUGGGGAUACUUUGACUACUUCAGUCCUGUGCCCAAGGAUGAGGAUCAUGCGUUCUAUAAUCCUGAUGACAUCUACCCUUUUGAAAUCUUCCCUCCAUAUGCAAGAGGUCUGUUGCGCGUGUUGUCGGCAGAUGUAGUUCUGGCGCUUGCUCGAAUGAGCUUUGCUGGCAAGCUUCCACUGGUCUAUGGAGAUGAUCCAUGUUUUGGGGUCCACUUGCGAUAUCUUCGGGAUGACAAGUUGGGCUUGCCCAUGCUCACCCUGGAUGAUCGGGACUCGUACAGAGUCUUCGCAAUGGAGCCGAGCUGCAAUCCUGCCCUCUGGUCGCACGCAACGCGGCGAUCUUGGGUCGUUCACCACGUAUCGCCCGAGCAAAUCUUUUGCAUGUGGACUGCUGAUGCCAGUGCUGGCCUCUACAAGCAGGAUGGGCCAGGCAAUGUGCAGCUUGCUCCAGAAGCCAUUCCGCUGAGCAUAGCCGCUGCGAGCGUUGCAACACAAGAUCGACUUGCCUUUGAAGAGCCGCCGCCUAUGCCGGAUCUUUGCAAAUGCUUGGAGUUUGGGCCACUGGCCUCAGAGCUAUCCACCCGGCGGGACAAGAUCAACGCUUCAAGGACCUACAUGACGUGGGGCCAUCCCGGUCUCUUGGAAAAGGUGAUGAUCGACAGCUUGUUCCUGAUUUCCGCCUCGGGAAACUAUCUUGUGGAGAGGCAUUUUUGUGGCCCAACACCACGAUUGGUCUGCGAGCCAUUAGUUGAGAAACUGCGCGGUGGUGAGAAGCCCGAAGCCUUACCGCCAGUGUUCAGUGCGAACAGGAAGAACGUGCUGAUCCAUGUGCUUCGCGCUUGCAAAGAAACGAGCCCUGACGAUUCCGGCAGUGAUCGAGAGCAUUCUCGAAGUGUUGCAGGUUUGGCCUUCCGAAGAGCAUGGCGCGACAUGGCUCGCUCGUUGGACAGCGUCACUCGCGCGGGCCAAAGUCUCUUUCACAUCGGAAUGCGCGUGCUUGGCCCCUGUUUGGUGGUCAUGGCCCUGUGCUUGAAAGGCUUUGUGACAUACACGUACUUUUGGCAUGGGCGGCCAAUCCUCCAAGAAAGAGCCGGAUUUAUUGGAAGCUCGCUUUUGUCCUUCCUGGGUGUGUUUUUGCUUGCCAAUGCGUUGUACAACUACUUCAAGGCCGUGUUUACCCCAGCGGGCCUGCCACCAGAAUUUGAGAAGGCCAAAGUGUCAUUGAUGGAAUCCUCCGAGAAUCCUGAAGUCGUGCCGAGGAAAUGCCCCAAAUGUGCUUGCUUGAAGCCGCCGCGAGCACACCACUGCAGCAUUUGCGGGGUGUGCGUCCUGAAGAUGGACCAUCACUGUCCGUGGAUUAAUAAUUGCGUUGGUUUUGGAAACUACAGAUACUUCUGCCUCUUUCUGUUAUUCUUGGCCAUGGCUUGCCUCUUCAUCGUAUGCGUGUUCGGUACCUUUUUCUAUGACAUAAUCUUCACUUGGGCUCGGCAGGGCACGCGAGUCUUUCGCCAAUGCAUUGUGACUUCUUUCAUGAUAUGCGCUUCGAUUCUAGCAGCGGUUUGCUUCCUUGGAGGAUUCCAUACCUUUCUGGUGAUGACCAAUCAAACCACGAUCGAGUUCCAGAUCAACAUGAUGAGACGGCGAGAAAGUAGAUAUAAUGGCGAGUUCUUCCGAAAUCCCUACGACAUGGGUCGCAGUCGAAACUGUCAAGAAGUCUUCGGA